UGCAAUGGUGUGUGCUGUACAUGUGUGCAUCGUGCAUCCAGCUUAUUUAUAGGUAUAAAAUUGAGCAAGUUUAAUUUACUUCCUAUAAGAAGCAACCAAUUCAACAUGGAACGAUUUCUCGUAAUGAAGUCGCUGAAAUUAUUUAGUCGUGCAAUAUCGACAGUUUCAAAACCAGAGACAAUCACAAUGCCAAGAAAAUGGCACAAAAAAAUGGUAAAGGAUUUAAACGAAAGACAAGAACAGGAUAAAUUGAAUAAAUCUUACAAAGGAAAUCUCAAGGUAUGUAUAGUUUCUUGCAAAGAUGCCAAUUUAAACCAUUAUUCAGGACAAUCUUAUGGGAAAUUUGAUAAAGUUCCUUUGACAUCAAGAAGUUGGGGUCAUCGUAAAACAAAUGGAGAUCACUUUGUCAUCAACAGUCAAGGGCCAAAUCCUUCUAUACUUAGAGAUGAAGAAAGUGAUUUCAGCAAACUUCUUAUCAGUGAAUUACUUACUGAAAACUUGACAAAGAUGGGUUGCACUAAACCUACUGUUGUACAGAAGUUAGCAAUUAAAUCAGUUUACAGAGGUGAAAACACAUUGAUAGCUGCCGAAACAGGCAGUGGAAAAACCCUUAGCUAUCUAGCUCCAGUCAUCCAAAAGAUUUUGGACUACAAAAUGUCAAAAAAUGUUGUUGAAGGAUCUUCAGCAAAGCCACUUAACGCCCCUUUGGGUCUUGUAAUAACCCCAGGUCGAGAAUUGUGUGAGCAAAUCAGUAAGGUUUGUCAGUCUUUAAUCGAAAAUCUACCUAUCAAAGCACAGUGCGUCACUGGAGGACGACUCAAAAGAGACAUGUUGAACGCCGAAUUCGCAGAGGUUGACAUAUUAUUUUCCACCAUUGGCGCCAUCAGCAAGUUGACAACCAACCACAUUGUCCGUCUGGAUCAGCUGAAGCAUUUGGUGCUUGAUGAAGCCGACACUCUACUAGACGAUUCCUUUAAUGAGAAAGUUUCCCACUUUCUCCGCAAAUGUCCACUGCAAAUUACUCGUCCGACUGAGGGAGUGUACCAAGGUGUACAGGUGGUGAUGGCCAGCGCAACAAUUCCUCGCAGCGCCGAAGAAAUUUUGUCCCAGGUCAUUCCUUUCAGCAGUUUCAACAAAGUUACCACCCAACAACUCCACCGUCUCUUGCCUCAUGUUCCACAAAAAUUCGUUCGGAUCUCUCAUUUAGAUAAGCCGGCUCGUCUCUUGGAACUAGUUAAGAAGGAUGUUUCGCGGAAUCUUCCCGUUAUCGUUUUUAGUAACAGAUCGGACCGUUGCGACUGGGUGUCAAUGUUUUUGAAUGAAAACGGAGUUUCAUGUGUCAAUCUCAACGGUAACAUGGCGCAACAUUUCCGGGUUGGCCGAUUCGAAGAAUUUCUGACUGGCAAACAAAUGGUGCUCAGCUGUACAGACGUUGUGUCCCGCGGAUUAGACACUACAAAUGCCCACCAUGUAGUCAAUUACGACGUUCCAAAUAAUAUCAGCGACUAUAUCCACCGAUGCGGCCGCGUUGGACGCGUGGGCCGCCCUUCCACUGGAAUAGUGACCACUUUCGUUUGCCAUCCAACUGAAGCUGAACUCGUACAGAAAAUCGAAUAUGCAGCGCGAAAAACCCACGAAGACGAACUACCAAACGUCAACGCAAACAUUAAGCGUCUCAUUAAUAGCCAAGUGUUGAAAAAACACGAUAAAUCUUUGCUUGUCUGAUUUUUAGAUUGAAUUAAGCGUUUAUCCGAUGAAUACAUUGUGAUGUUUUUCAACAGA